AGGAAUUGUUAUUCCAGUGCUUUCUAAAUUUUGUCGUUUUGUCGGGAACAAAACCGACGCUUCAUGUCUCUCACCUCUCACAACUACAGAAGAGAAAAAUCGAUCAGUUCUCUCCACUCUCGCCUCUCUCUCUCUCUCUCACCUUGAUCGGGUUCGAAGGGGUUCUCUCUCGUCGAUCUGGAUCUCACAGAAGUAUGGAAAAAAAGGUACACAGAAAAUGGAAUGAUGAGGAGGACAGAGAGUUGAUUUAUGCUUUACAUGACUUGGUGAAUAAAGGGGACAAAAGGGACAAUGGGUUCAAGGCCGGUUCCCUCACAGUGAUUGAAGGAGUAUUACAUGAGAAGUUACCUGGACAUGGGAUAAAGGCUAAACCACACAUCGAAUCUAGGAUCAAGACAUUAAAGAAGGAUGUUUGCAUCGUGUAUGAUAUGAUCUAUGGAGGGAGUACUAGUGGCUUCGGAUGGGAUCCAAACACAAAUAUGGUGGUUGCUGAAAAACAUAUUUGGGAUGACUAUGUUAAGAGCCAUAAAGAUGCAACUAACUGGAGGAAUAGGAGUUUCCCACACUUUGACAUGCUUUUAACAGUCUUCGGGAAAGACCGUGCCACGGGUAAGAAUGCUGUUACUGCUGAGGAUGUAUUAGAGGAGGAGAGUAGGAAUGAAGGGAGUUGUGAUACAGAAAAUUUAGGCAUUGGUAUUGAAGAAAUGGAGCACUUCUUGUCAUCCACAAACGGAGAAGAGAGUAAUUCUAACGGGAAAAAAAGAAAGAGGAAUGAUGAUAGCUUGGAUGCUUUCCGUGAAGCAGCAACGAUCAUUGGUUCAAAGAUUGAAGAAGCAACUAAUAAGUUCAGUCAAGCUCUUGGUGUCGAUCUUGCUAUAGCUAAGAUGAGGGACAAAGUAAAUGAUGAGCUUCGGAAGCUUUCAAAUCUAUCUAUGAUUCAACGCCAUAGAGCCUUACUUGCCAUAGCUCGUGAUCAUGCAACGACUGCGUGUUUCUUUACCUUGAAAGAUGAUGAGAAAGAAGAUUUUGUGAUGGCUUUGCUUAGGGGAGAUCUGUGAAGUUACUACUUGGUGUAUUUAUUUUAAUUUGCUUUGUUUCUUUUUCAAGAAGAUUUACUUUGGAUGGUAAAUUUGAAGUGUUGGGAAUUCUCAUAUUUUAGCUC